ACAACCCAUCAUUAUCAAUGACCGUUGCCGUUGAGGACCUUCGGGCCAUCGACAUCUGCUCAAGAGUCGUCGUCGUCGAGAAAGUUUGACGAAAAUGGAUCGCGCAACGCAAAAUUACUGGGACGCCGUUAAGAACGAGCAGCCAACGCCACAGUGCCUGCAGAGGGUGCAGCGGGACCUGGUGGAGUUCCACGCUGACCCCCCGCCGGGAGUGUUCGUCGUCCCGGAAGAGAGCGACAUGAGCGUGCUGCACGCCAUCGUCGUGGGACCCUGGGGCACGCCACUCGAAGGUGGCCUCUUCCGCUUGCAGUUGAAGUGCCCGCCCGACUACCCGAUGCGGCCACCUCGUGUGCGUUUCCUGACUGGCGCAGGAAAAGUAUCCUUCAACUCGCACAUCUACGGUGAGCACAUCUGCCUCAGCCUACUAGGCACGGCUCCUGAUGGACCAAGUUGGAGUGCCGCGCUGAGCAUCGGCAGCCUGCUCGUCUCCAUACAGUCCUUCCUGGCCGACGGUGCUAUGGAGAGCAUGCGCCACCACGCGAUUAGGGUGGCCGUAUGCGACACGCUCGAAGACUGUCUACAGGAAAGAACCGAGCCUCCUACGCCACCGGCCCUCACGCAGAAGGUCCUCAAGUACUUCGCCGAAAACUACGCAAAGUACGAGGACGCGGUCCAGGCGCAGAUCAAUUCCUGGAGAGUACUCUCAUGGAUUAUGGGUGUGGCGUACGGAAGUUACGAACCACUGCUGAAGCGACUUCGCGACAUCAAAAAGAGGAUCGAUGAGAAGAACGUGACGGCCAAUGGACUACAAGAUAAGGAGUGACGCAAGGGUUCCAUGCCCCCCCACCCCUGUUUUUUUUUUUACGACGGUACAAGUCAGCUAAAGAACGAAUGCUGCGGCGGUCAGGCAUCAGCCCAUAUUUCUGCGAAACGCAAAAUUAAGCGCUCUUGAAGCAGCUCGCGAAAUUGGCGAGAUCUAAAGAAAAUAUCAGACGGCCGCUACAACAUAGGAAGGUGGCAUUUCUCUCGGUUGAGUAAAGCAUUCGGAUGUGUCCUAGCUUGCGCGAUAUGGAGAGCUUGAAUCUAUAAGUGCUCGUCACCUGGCCCCACCAGAAGAUUUGGUCCUAAAAUCCUAAUGUGCCGUCUAGGGAAUGCCUUCCCGCAACAUUUUUUUUAUCAUAUUGGUUCGCUAUUGGAAAUAAUAGGCGAAACUGAAAUGUCGUGGAACAGUGCCUACACGCGAUCGAUGAACUUCACUGCCAACAUUGACACUCUCCUUACACACCCUCGAAUUUGCUGUCCACAGGACACAAUCAUUUUCUGCCUCCUUCGGUUCAAUGAGCCCAGGGACCUUUUCUUUCUUAUUUUUUGUUUGUUGCUUCUAAUGUAAAUACAGACCUCCCGAACACAAAGAAAUUGCCGGGCUAUAUAUAUCCAAUAUAUCCAAAUAUAUCCAACAGCACUGAAUAUUUUGCCACAAAGCUUGUUUCUACAGCUUAGCGACGUCUAAAUUCGGCUGUACAAAUUAUAUUUAUUUAUUUAUUUAUUCAUUUAUUUAUUUGGCGGAGGUUUCGUGACAAAUUAUAAAGCUGAUGCUUAUAAUUUGUCACCAAGAUAAUAAAGCUCCUCA